GGGGGUCCCGGCGGUGGCGGGGCAGGAGGAAGGGGCGAAGAAGGUGGCGGCUGUGAGGGGACGGAGGGGGUCGGAGACCUGAUCAUGGAGAUCGAGAACAUCGUAGCCAACACGGUGCUGCUGAAAGCCAGGGAAGGAGGGUGCGGCAAACGAAAUGGACGCAGUAAGAAAUGGAAGGAGAUGCUAACGUUACCACACCUCAGUUAUUGCGAAGACCUUAGACGUUCAAUUGAAAAAAACUAUAAUCAGCUUUGCGACAAGCAGCCAAUAGGGAGACUUCUCUUCAGGCAGUUCUGUGACACCAGGCCAGAUUUGAAGAUAUGCAUUGAAUUCCUGGAUGCAGUGGCCAUGUAUGAGGUGUCUUCAGAUGAAAAGCGUAAAGACUGUGGUCUGAAAGUUUUAGACACAUUCUUCACUAAUGGGUCUGCAGCCCACUUACCGGAAAUACCUCAGCAUACAGUGAAUGAAUGUAAAACAAGACUGGAGCAGAACCCUUGCAAAGAUCUUUUUAAUGACUGCACUAGGGUUGUUCAUGAUUAUUUAAGUGGAGAACCAUUUGAGGCUUACCAACGAAGCAUCUAUUUCUCCCGUUUUUUACAGUGGAAAUGGUUGGAAAGGCAGCCAGUAACCAAGAAGACAUUUAGACACUACCGAGUACUAGGCAAAGGAGGAUUUGGAGAGGUGUGUGCUUGCCAAGUGAGGGCAACAGGAAAAAUGUAUGCUUGUAAAAAGCUAGAAAAAAAAAGAAUAAAGAAGAGAAAAGGCGAAUCAAUGGCAUUAAAUGAAAAAAGAAUUUUAGAAAAAGUGAACAGUAGAUUUGUAGUUAGUUUAUCCUACACCUAUGAGACUAAAGAUGCCCUAUGUUUAGUAUUAACCAUUAUGAAUGGAGGGGAUUUGAAGUUUCACAUUUACAACAUGGGAAAUUCUGGCUUUGAUGAAGAAAGGGCUGUUUUCUAUGCUGCAGAGCUUUGCUGCGGCUUGGAGGACUUACACAGAGAGAGAAUUGUUUACAGAGACUUGAAACCUGAAAAUAUUCUUCUUGAUGACCAUGGACACAUCAGGAUUUCAGAUCUUGGACUAGCUGUGCAAAUCCCAGAAGGAGAAACAGUCAGAGGGCGGGUUGGAACAGUUGGAUACAUGGCUCCAGAAAUCCUCAACAAUGAAAGCUAUACAUUCAGCCCUGACUGGUGGGGUCUUGGCUGCCUAAUUUAUGAAAUGAUUCAAGGACAAUCACCAUUCAGGAAGCGUAAGGAAAAAGUCAAACUUGAUGAGAUAGACCGAAGAGUGAAGGAAGACCAAGAAGUGUAUUCAGACAAAUUCUCAGAGGAGGCAAAAUCCAUCUGCAGGAUGCUACUUGCUAAAGAUCCAAAGGAACGAUUGGGGUGCAGUGGAGAUGGAGCUGCUGUUGUAAAACAGCAUCCCAUUUUCAAGAACAUUAACUUCAAGAGACUGGAAGCAAACAUGUUAGAGCCUCCAUUUUUCCCAGAUCCACGUGCAGUGUAUUGUAAAGAUGUCUUGGAUAUAGAGCAAUUCUCCACAGUGAAAGGAGUGAACCUGGAUACCACAGAUGAUGAAUUCUAUUCCAAAUUUGUUACAGGUUGUGUCUCAAUCCCUUGGCAAAAUGAGGCAUUUGCUUCAACAUGUUUCCAGUUAACAGUCCCAUUGAUGAUUUGACAGGAGCCUCAAGGCCACACUUAACUUGCAUAAAAUUGAACAGAUGGAAGCUGCACCACCCUAUGCUUUAGUGGAUGCUGCCCAGAAAACUGUAGCAUCUGCUAGGAUGAGCACAUUGCUUAUUUUUACCCUGUCUCUGAAAGAUUUCUAAUAUUACCUAUUCAAAGCAGUGGGACUUCAAGAAGUGCCAUUCAAAGCAGCGAUGUAACAGUGUAACCAUUUAAAUGAUUAACAGAUAAGCAGGGCUCGACAAACCACUGUUUCUACUUGCCUGUGGCAAGUAGAUUUCAGCUGGUCCCUCCGUGCACCCCAUUCUCCGCAUGUGCAGUGCGGGGCUGGCGAGUAGCUCUCACCGCAGUUUGUCAAGCCCUGUCGAUAAGCAUAAACGUUCAGCUACUGAAGUGGUUACAUGCUGGCUCCUGGCCAUGUUCCUGGGGAGCCGGCUGCCAUCCUCCACUGCUAGCUCUGUAUCCGAGCCCAUAGUGCGGGGUGACUGCUGGCUCCCUUGGAGUGGGACCGGGAGCCAGGAGUGGGGCUGGGAGCCGGCUUAAAAGGGGACUCGGGGAACUGGCUGCCACCUUGCACUGCUGCCUCUGUCUGCUCCUGACGUGCACUGGCUCCCGGGGAGCUUUCUGCUGCCCCAGACUGCGUGCUCUGAAGUAUAAGGCCUAUACUGCAGAGCCUGCAAUGCAGCCGGCCCUCUGGGAGUUGGACCAGCAGCCGGGAGCCAGCUCUUGGCAUGCACUGGCUGCUAGCUGCGCUCUAGGCGAGUCAGCUGCAUUGCGGGUUCUGCAGUAUAAGUUGUAUACUCCAGAGCCCACAGUGUGUAACUACUGAGAUUUUUCAUUGUUACAUCUGUACCUAGUUAACUGCUUUUUAACAUCUCUAAUUCAAAGUAUGAAAAAGUAAAUUUACUAAAUGUUAGCCAUUGUUAUAAGGAUCUUAAUGAGUCAUACCCAGGUAUUCAUGUUGAGAGCAACCAGAAGCUUCAGUCUAGAUCUCUGUGGACACACCUUGCUUUAGAUAUUCAGAACAUGUAGUUAUUUCUUUAAUCAAACAUGACUUGAUCAUGCUUCUUAAGUAAGUAUUCUAAACUGACUAGUUAAUGAAUUCAUUUAGGACAAUAUAUAGAGUUAAUUUCUCCUGCCCCCACUGUGCUGGGGACACUGGAUUGAUUGUAAUUAAUCUGAGAUAGGCUGUCUUGAAACAGAAGGGUAGAAAGAGAGAUCCAUGUUUAUCUAUUUGGCAUGAAUUAAAUCUAGUUCAAGUUGUGCUUGUUUCAGUUUGGGCAAUGGAAAUUCAGCAAAGUGUGGGUGUGUUUUGGGGGAAUGAUGUGGGACACACUUAUGAGUAUUAUCUCUGAAGCAAGAAUUAUAGAAAGCUGGUCUUAGUUUCUUUACAUAAGGGCCCACAUUUAUGGCUAUGGUAUGGUUGCUUUUUGUUUGAUUGCUGUAACAAAGUAGCUGUAAAUGCAGUGUACCUGCUUGUGCAUUAGACAGGGUGCAGCUAAGGGAGCAGCUGUGUCCUGCUAUCCAGGGCUGAGAUGAAACUAAUUGUAAAAUAGGUUUUAGGUUCUGGGUUGCACAAAAGUGGAUAAAGCUGCCUUGUCGUCUUCUGUGCCUCUUAUGUUGGCAACUUGCCGUUAGUCCAGAGUUCACAAUUAACUUGAAUGAACUUGAAUAAUGUCCGGGAGGAGGAGUCUUUUUCUGAGUGCGUUUUUCAUUUUUAUCUUUUU